AUGCCUGGGAGAAAGCACAACCCAUGCCCCCAUAGGCGUAGGAGGCGAGCUGUCUCCCGCUCCAUGAGAGCUGAGCUACAGUUCCCAGUUAGCCAUGUGGAACGCCUCCUGCGAGAGGGGCACUAUGCCCAACGCCUGAGCUCAGCUGCACCUGUUUUCCUGGCUGGUGUUCUCGAGUACCUGACAUCCAACAUCCUGGAGCUGGCGAGCAAGGAAGCCUACAACAGUGGCAGGGUGCGCAUCACUGGAGAACAUGUGGAGAGAGCAGUGCAAGAUCACCAGCAGCUCAGAAACCUUCUGGAGAAAGGCAGCUACUCUGAAGUUGAAGAGAUGUACCAGCUAAGGGACAAGCAGUGA